UUGAUAAGCUGCUGCUGCUAUCUCAAUCCGUUUGCUCGAUAAUGUUAUGGACUCUGGGGGUGGUUCAGUCUAUGCUUGAGGCUGUUUGCAGGCGGAUACAAUGUCCGAAUACAGUGAAGGUGAAGUUACCUGCCCCGUGGUGCAGACAACGCAUGGCCGCGUGCGUGGUGUGCUGCUGAGAACACUCUACGAUGAGGAGCAGUUUUACGCUUUUGAUGGCAUACCAUAUGCUGUUCCCCCUUUGGGUACGCUCCGCUUCAAGGAACCUCACGAACUGAAGCCCUGGCAUGGCAUACGGGACUGCAGCAAGCCGCUGGACAAGUGCAUACAAGUGAGCAGCUAUACAAAGCAAGUGGAGGGCUCGGAGGAUUGCCUUUAUUUGAAUAUCUCUGUGAAAACGCUAAAAAGCGAACAGCCCCUGCCGCUGAUGGUUUAUGUCCAUGGCGGCGGUUUCAAGGGCGGCGAUGCCUCACGUCGCGCCUGGGGACCCGACUAUUUAAUGCGCGAGAAUGUUAUUCACAUAAGCAUUGGCCAUCGCUUGGGGCCAUUGGGCUUCCUUUCCUUUGCGGAUCCAUCGCUGGAGAUACCCGGCAAUGCUGGCCUUAAGGACAUCAUUCAAGCCCUCAAAUGGAUCAAGGCAAAUGCCCGGAAUUUCAAUGGCGAUCCCGAGAGAAUAACCGUCUUUGGGCAUAGCUCGGGCAGCAUGGCCGUGCAAAUGCUGCUGGUCACACCGCAAACCGAGGGACUCUUCCACAAGGCCGUGCUCAUGGCUGGCUUCUGCCCAGAGCUGAAUCGUCUGCCCCAUAUGGAAUAUCGUCUGGCCAAGCAUUUGGGCUACAAGGGCGAGAAUAUCGAUUCCCAAGUUUUUGACUUUAUAGCAGCGGCAGAUCCAAAACUGUUGGUCGCUGCGGACUUCUGGACAGCAGCGGAAAAGGUUGAGGGCCACAUGAUGCCUUUUGUGCCGUCAGUGGAGGAUUAUGUGACGCGCCAAGCGGUGCUGCUGUCGGAGCCGAUUAUACUACAGCGUACGGCUUGGAGCAAUCGCAUACCCGUAAUUAUGGGCACCAACAGCGACGAAGGACUCCUCUUUAAUCGGGUUUUAAAGGAUGCAAAGUCUCUGCAGGAGAUACAAACGCAUCCAGAGUGUGUGCUGCCAACGACGCUGCUCAAUCGCUGCGAUCUCGGCCAGCGGCGACAGCUGGGCCAGUCGCUGCUCGAUCAUUUCUGUCAGGCGCAUGGCCAUCAACUGACCAUCGAGCACACGGCUGCACUGACCCAGCUGUUUACCCACAACUUGAUGCACUCGCUGGAGCGUUUGGUAUUGGCACGAUUGUCGUAUGGCCAGGCACCCACCUACCUUUAUCGCUUUGCUUUCGAUUCACCGGACUUCAACCUGUAUCGCAUUCGGUUUUUAGGCAAGGAGCAGCGCGGCGUCGCCCAUGUGGAUGAAUUGGGUUACAUCUAUGUGCUGCCCUCCACCUUUAAGCUGGAUCGAUCCCGACCAGAAUAUGCUACCAUUUGUCGCAUGGUUGCAAUGCUCGUCCACUUUGCCGCCACCUCGGAUCCCAAUGCCCAGCUAACCAAACCUUUGGCGGAAUGGAAGCCAGUCACACGUUUCGGACCACGCAUGAUCCUCAAUAUAAGUGACGAACUGAAGUUUAUGCCACAGCCAGAGCGGCAGAAAUUAAAGUUCUACGAUCGCCUGUACGAGCAGGCGGGCAUAACUACAAAAACGAAAAAGCUCUAUCAGUGGACACACGCGACUCGAACUGUCGAGCUUUUUUUUUUUAAUUUUAUUUUUGUGAGUUCAUUAAUUUCUGUUUCAGUUGACAGACAACACGCGCGGCAAACAGAUCGACACACCAGAAAAAUGAGUAAAGCCGCAGAUGAAUGUGAAAUUACUUUGCCGCUGGGCAGGAUCAAGGGUGUGAAGCGUGUAACGCUGUACGAUGAUUCAUACUACAGCUACGAGCGUCUGCCCUUUGCCAAGCCACCGCUGGGAGAGCUGCGUUUUAGCGCGCCCGUGCCCGUAGAGCCGUGGAGCGGUGUGCUGGACUGCAGCCAUUAUGCGGCGAAACCUGUGCAAAAGAAUUUCAUGACACAGGUGAUCGAUGGCAACGAGGACUGCCUGUAUCUGAAUGUCUAUGCCAAGCAGCUGAAAAGCGAGAAACCUUUGCCGGUCAUGGUCUACAUUUAUGGCGGGGCCUUCACUGUGGGCGAGGCCACACGCGAGCUGUAUGGUCCUGACUAUUUUAUGGCCAAAGAUGUUGUCUUGGUGACACUCAAUUAUCGUUUGGACUGCUUGGGCUUUCUCUCGCUCACGGAUCCCAGUCUCAAAGUGCCAGGCAAUGCAGGGCUCAAGGAUAUGGUUCUGGCACUACGUUGGGUCAAGCAAUACAUUUCACACUUUAAUGGCGAUGCCGACAACAUAACAAUCUUCGGCGAGAGUGCAGGCGGCUGCUCCACACACUUCAUGAUGUGCACAGAGCAGACCCGUGGACUCUACCACAAAGCCAUACCCAUGUCGGGCACUGUUCACAAUUACUGGUCGAAUACACCGAGGUCGGAUUUUGCCUAUCGUUUGGCGAAGCAUCAUGGCUAUACGGGAGAGAAUGUGGAUGCACAGGUGCUUAAACAUUUGCGCGGUGUGCCGGCAUUGGAGCUGGUGCGCCACAGUUUGUUAACGCCAGAGGAUCGCCGGAAUGGCAUGCUCUUUCCGUUUGGACCCACGAUAGAGCCGUAUGUGGGCGAGGAUUGUGUGGUGCCCAAAUCACCAGUGGAAAUGGCUCGCGAGGCUUGGACCAACGAACUGCCUGCCAUGCUGGGUGGUACAUCGUUUGAGGGUCUCUUCAUGUAUCCCGGUGUGGCGGCCAAUCUCAAGAGUUUGGAUACCUUAAGCGAGGAUCCCCUUAAAAUGGUACCCCAUGAUGUGCGUGUGAUUAGCACGGAGAAGGAGAACCUGGAGUACAGCGAGAGGAUGCUCAAGAUGACCUUUGGCAAUGCUAAGCCCAGUUCGGAACUAUUUAUGAAUUUGCUGGAUUACUAUUCAUAUAAGGUCUUUUGGCAUGGCUUGAGUCGCACAUUGCAGGCAAGAUUCGCCUAUGCCCGUGCACCCACAUAUUUCUAUCGCUUUGACUUUGAUUCGCCCAACUUUAAUUUCUAUCGUAAGAAAUUCUGUGGCGACAAUAUCCAGAAAGGCGUUGCCCAUGCCGAUGAUCUGAGCUAUUUGUUUCGUAACUCUGAAUCCUGGAAGCUGGAAAAAUCCUCAGCGGAAUAUCGCACAAUACAGCGAAUGAUUGGCAUUUGGACUGCCUUUGCAGCCAGCUCCAAUCCAAAUUGUGACGAAAUAAGCGAAGUAAAUUGGCAGCCAGCGAAAAAGUCGGAGCCCAAGCGUGUGCUCAACAUAAGUGAGGAUGUGAAGAUUGUGGAUCUGCCGGAAUAUGAGAAACUUCAAGUGUGGGAUAGCAUCUACAAGCUAGAUAAUUUGAUUUAAGGUUUUAUUGUAACAAAAGAAAAUUCUCUAGGGAUCCAUAAACACCUAGAAAAAUUCUGUAAACAUCUAUGAAAAAUCCGUGGAAAUUCGUUUAAAUUUUGUGCUAAAAACUG